ACAAUUAUAUUUUCGCCCCGCAGGCCCCGAUGUGGGUCAGUGACCUGUGCCAAGGCCACCUAGAAGAGAAGGCCUGGGUGUAGGUUUGAUGACGUCACUCUGGGAGGCAGCGACCACGCUCCUCGCUCUCUCUCUUUGAGUCAUAUUUACAGAAACUAUGGUUUAUGGCUGCAGCCAAGGUGUGCAACAAGGUGGUGGGGAAUCAUCCCAGACACAACCCCACCCACAAAGGAAUACAUCAUUUUUGUGUAAGGCCGGCUGCGAAGCUGUUCAAGAAAUUGUCCUGAGAACUAGUGAGGUUUUUUCUCAUCUAAAGAAUAUGCCACUUCCAAAUGGUUCUAAUCAAGGCACACAGUUAAGUACUGAAAAAAAAAUGCGGAUCCAAGAAAAUCUCAGUGCCAUUCAGCGUCACUUCAAACCCCUCAGAGCCAUUUACAUCCGUGUUAAUGAUGACUGUGCAGGGAUGGAAUAUACUCAUAUAGAGAGCUUAAUUCCUUACAAGGACGAGGCAGACAACAGGGCAGACUACAAGAAAAUUGGUGAAAACUAUCGUCAUCUUGUGGAGGAAUCUAGGGAACUCAAGGAGGUGGGUUGCUUCUGUGUCACAUUCGUGCCCUUUUAUGUUACUCUUAUGAAAACUAAACAUGACAGGUAUUGAUAAGCAGGUAUUGAUCUUUCUGGUUGAGAGAUAAACCCUUUUUAUAGUUCCAUAUCAGUCCAGGAAUACUGUACUCUCAUGUAAUACCAGAUCAGAUCCAAGGCAGGCAUAUAACAAAAACAAUGACUGUGUUGUACUAAUUCUGAAUAAAGAAGGAAGACUGGUAGUUGUAGGUUCAGGUACAGUUUGUUUAUUUAUAUACUGUAUAUGCUGGCAUAUAAGUCAACCUUCAAAGCUCAAAAAAUAUCUUCAAAACUAGGACUUGUCUUAUCUGCUGAGUAUAAAAUGUGAACCUUAAAAUCCAGGUAAAUUUUGAAUUGAAAGACUUCAGAGUUGAUGAAAACAAAUAGUCUUUGGUAUAAGUGCUAAAUGGUCACUAUUUUGAAUUUUAUGUUUUGUUAUUUACAUUCUAUUGGUAAUUUUUUCUUUUAUAUAUAUAAAUGGUGCCUGGAGAUUUUGAAAGGGUCACUGUAGAA